AUGGACAUUACGGGUUACGCCUUGAUAACCGGGGCCGGCAGUGGCAUUGGGCGAGCCUGCGCCCUGGCCUUUGCCCGCGAAGGCGCCGCGGGGGUGGCCUUUACCGACCUAAAUUUUGAGGCUGCCCAGCAGGCCGCCGAGGAAAGUAGGGCUCUCGCCACUCACCCCACCUACCAAGCGGUGGUCAUGCCCCUCGAUGUGACCAGCGAAACACAGGUGGAAGCGGUGGUGACCAAAACCCAGCAGUCCUUCGGGACCAUUGAUUACUUGGUCAACUCAGCGGGUAUUGGCGUCCAAGUGGCCGCGGAGAUUGCGGAAGCAUCCCUGACGGAAUUCAUACGCUUCCUUGACGUCAACGUCACGGGCUCCUUUCUUCUCACCAAGUAUGUCUCGCGCACGAUGAAGGAGCAGGAGGCGCGCCUCGUCAGCGCUCGCAAUGCUCAGCGGGGCUGCACGCGCGGAGUGAUUCUCAACAUGGCAUCCUGUGCCUCCUUCGUCGCGACCCCCGCUUUAACGCAAUACACCACGUCCAAGCAUGCAGUGCUAGGACUGACCCGGAAUGCUGCCCUAGAUAACGCCAAGUACGGGAUUCGCGUGAACUGCCUCUGUCCGUCGUGGGUCGACACCCCGAUGGUUGACCGCGCUGUGAAAGACAAUCCCGACCUCGUGGCGUUGAUUGCCCAGUCUGUGCCUAUGGGACGGAUUGCACAGGUGGACGAGAUCACCGACCUGAUUCUGUUCCUAUGCAGCCCGCGCGCCAGUUAUCGACUGAUCACCGGCCACAGCGAGGAGGACGGCAAAGGCCACUUCCUUGUCACCGAUCGUGGCGACCACCACCGCAUUAUGGGUGAGAAUCAAGCCGUAGCCAACAUCCUGUACUCAACCCAGGAGAAUCCAGUCGAUCUCAACGACAGCAAAGGUAUCCAGUAUGCUCGCGAGAAUGAGCCAGGUCUCCACAUCCCCAACGGCACAGUGGCUCGGAUGAUCGAUUUCGGCCCAGGAGUCGAAUCCCCAAUGCACCGCGCCCUGUCCAUUGACUACGGGAUCGUGCUCGAGGGAGAGUUCGAGCUCACCCUGGACUCCGGCGAGACACGGAUUAUGAAGCGCGGGGAUGUGAGCGUCCAGCGGGCGACCUCCCACAAGUGGAAGAACAUCACGGGUGGGGAGACUGAGCCCGGCCGGAUGCUCUACAUCCUGCUGGAUUGUAAGGAGGUCAGGGUCCAGGGCAAGCCAUUGGAGGGAUUCCUGGGCGAAUUGGAGAAGGAAUACGAAGGACGGAGUGUUUAG